AUGGGUAAUUGCUGUAUAAUUGCUGUAAAAUAUUUAGCAUUCAAAUAUGAAGUAUAUUGUUAUCAUUAUUUUUCACGACAUAAUGUUACAAUUUUAGCGUUUAAGGAAGCCACUCCAGAAAUUGACAAAGUAUUAUUAAAUAUCGCACCUAUUAGCGAAAAUAAUAUCGAUACAUUAAAAAUAAAAUCGGACAGAUUUCGACGCAAUCAUCAUAAUACAUUUCGCGAUGUCAAUGACGAUCAUGAAGAGGAUAAUGACAUCCGGUUGCAGUUAAAACGAGCAGACAAAACUCACAGAGAACCAAAAAUAUGGGAUCAAUGGGGCAACUGGUCCACAUGUAGCGUUACUUGUGGAAUUGGAAAAAUCAUGAGGUGGAGGCAUUGCAUAGGCGGACGGUGUUCCUUGGGAGAAAAGAAGGCUCAAUUAAAAACUUGUACUUCUGCAGCAUGUUAAAAUAUUAUGCAUGGACAAUGUUGUUUUAAUGAGGGUAAUUACAUUAUUAAU